CAGAGCCAAGGAGCUUCCCAGCCCUGCAGCUGCGACGAGGGGCUAGCCGUAAAACCGCGCGGAGGGUCCUGCUCCCCUAGUAAGGGGCAGCUCGGUUGGAGGGUUUUGAUUUCCAACCGACUCCAUGGAAACGGUUGCCAGAGCCGGCAAACAGCUGCUUCCGGCGGACCUUGGGCGCGCCGGGAACAAUGGGCGACGGCCGAGGUAGGGCUCCUUCCGGUUCCGUCGGCCCACGCGGAGAGCUUUCGCAAGGUUGCCUUUAACCCCGGAAGUGAAGUCUUCCCGCUUCCUCCCUGCCGCAAGAUGGCGGCCGCCGAAGAAGAGGAGUUACUCCCGCCGCGCCUCCCUGAGCUGUUCGAUACCUGCCAGCGGCUUCUGGAGGAAGUGGAAGUAGCGGCGGAACCCACCGGUGCCCGAGUAGUGCAAGAGAAGGUGUUGAAAGGACUACACCUCCUGAAGCAGUCGGCCGAGAUGUUACUGCAGCUUGACUUGUUCAGCCAUAAUGAAGACUUGGAAGAGAUUGCUUCCUCCGAUCUGAAGUACCUGAUGGUGCCAGCACUUCAAGGAGCGCUCGCUCUGAAACAAGUCAACCCCAGCAAGCGGCUAGAUGAUUUGCAGUGGGCUCGAGAACACUUUUUAAUCUACUUAACUCAGUGCCAACACUAUCACGUGGCAGAGUUUGAGUUGCCUAAAACCAAGAACAACUCAGCUGAAAGUAACACAGCUAGUUCUUCCAUGGCUCAUCCUAACCUCGUUGCUAUGGCAUCUCAAAGACAGGCUAAAAUAGAGAGAUACAAGCAGAAGAAGGAGAUGGAGCACAGGUUGUCUGCCAUGAAAGCUGCCGUGGAGAGCGGGGAAGCAGACGACGAGCAUGUUCGUGAGUAUUACCUCCUGCACCUGCGGAGGUGGAUCAGCAUCAGCUUAGAAGAGAUCGACAGCAUUGACCAGGAGAUCAAGAUCCUGAGGGAAAAAGACACUCCUAAAGAGGCAUCAGCUUCUGGCUCCACUCCUCAGGCCAGGCCUCCAAUGAAACCCUUUAUUCUCACUCGGAAUGCCGCCCAAGCCAAAGUAUUUGGAGCUGGUUAUCCAAGUCUGCCGUCUAUGACAGUGAAUGACUGGUAUGAUCAGCAUCGGAAGGUGGGAGCUUUACCAGAUCAGGGAAUACCCAAGACAACCUCAGAGGUCAGAAGGGCAGCUCAGCAACAGGAUGAGCGAGAACAAAAGGAGGAAGAGGAUGAUGAGGAAGCACUCCAGCGAGCUCGGGAGUGGGAUGACUGGAAGGACACCCAUCCUAGGGGCUAUGGCAACCGACAGAACAUGGGCUAGUCUUCCCACAACGAGACGGGACGACAGGGGGCGCACCUCCUCCCCUCAAAGAAAAGAUGUGCUGUCUUCCCAGUCAGUACCCGGGUUCAGGCUUUAGCUCUGUACCACACGGAAGGCAAAGACGCUUAAUCUUGCUUUGCAUUCAAAUAAAGUGGCAAGCAAUUAAGCGUACUUGUAGCCUAGAUGAUGAACCAGUGAUUCUUGUUUUGGCACGGUCCCAAUCGUGUAUUUCAGUUUCUUCAGUGGAAAGAAAAGAGUAUUGAGAAGUGGGCUCUGUAUAAGGCAAUGGCUAUAUGAAUUCUUCAAAAAUAAAGUGCUUUGUAUUACAAGA